UGAACCACCGAUCCCUGUUGCUCCUGAGAGAUUGUGGGGUAUGAAACCCCCGCAUAUUUCAUCCCGCAUAUUGCAUCCCGCUUCCAAGCAUAUCAUUGACAAUACGCCACUCUAAGAGGCAGAAGUUCCGACCGGUCGAUGGGAUGUGACCAAAAGCAGCACCAGAGCCGCCUGUGAGCUUUGCCACAUACGAGAGUCUAUAUGUAGGUCGAAUAAGUUCAGAGAUACCUGGCAAGAUCGGUAAAAAUGCGGGUUGAACAAUACCUCCCCGUCGCGUUAUUCGCCUUGCAGGGUAGUGCAAGUCCGACUCAAGGCCGGAAGACGUGCACAAUCGAAGCGAGCGGCACCAACUUGACAGAUGAUGGGCCUGCAAUCAGGGCAGCUUUCAAAGAAUGUGGUAGACAUGCCAAGGUUGUGUUUCAGCCCACAACGUACCACGUCAACUCGGUACUGAACAUCACCAACCUCGAAGAUGUUGAAAUCGAUAUCCAAGGCCAGUUGCUUUGGAGUACCAACAUCCAGUACUGGCUCAAUGCUUCCUUGCCUGUGGGUUACCAAAAUCAGUCCACAGCCUUCAUCCUUGGCGGGAACAAUGUUCGUAUCGACGGCCAUGGCGUGGGUACAUUCAACGGAAACGGAGACUACUGGUAUCAAUGGAUCAGGCAGCAGCCUAACACAUCGAAUUACCCUGGUCGGCCACAUCAAAUCACCUUCAAUGGGCUGACAAACUCGGUCGUGAAGGGUCUGAGGUUCUUGCGAAGCCAGAUGUGGACCAUGUCCAUCAUCCACAGUUACGAUAGCGUCUGGCAGGACAUUUUCAUUAACAACACCGGAAACGUAGUAUCAAGUUCCAACACGGACGGUGCUGACACAUUCUUCUCGUCCAACCUUCUAUUCAAGAACUGGACUGUCUACAAUGGCGAUGACUCGUUCUCUGCCAAGGCAAACAGCACCAACAUUACGCUUCUUGACUCGAAAUUCUACCAUGGGCUUGGGAUCGCUAUUGGCUCGAUUGGACAAUACAAUGACCAGUUCGAAACAAUUGAAAACAUCCGCGCUGAGAACGUGUAUUUCGAAGACACAUUGCACGCUUUCUACGUUAAGACCUGGACCGAUGACCGAGUCGGCUAUCCUCCAAACGGUGGUGGCGGUGGGCUUGGCUUUGCUCGGAACAUGCAGCUGAAGAACCUGACGGUAAAGAAUGCCCGUGGAGGCUUGUUCACAGUCAGUCAGUGUACCAGAUUCAGUGGCGCACCCGGCGUUGGGAACUGCACCAACAGCCAGUUUCAAGUCAAGGAUGUCAACAUUCAAGGUUUACAGGGUACAACAAAAGACCGCAGAGUCGUAAGUCUGCAGUGCAGUGCUGUUGCGCCAUGUACCGACAUUGCCUUGAGUGGCGUUGAUGUCAGGUAUGCUGGCAAUGGCACCACAGUGCCAAACUAUUUGUGCGGUAAUGUUGUUGGCAACAGAGGCUGGGAGUGUACGGGGCCAGUUUGCGUCGGCGGAAGCGCAACAGGAGGCUGUUAAUGCGGGGAAAUGAAUGUUUGACCGAAGUUGUUAUUCAAUGGGUCACAGCGACGCGGAAAUCCCCUCUCCCAGAGCAGGCACGCUAGCGAGACCCCUCACGCGAGCCUCCACUUUCAUCGGACUCACUCCUCACUCAACCAUCCGUCAUCCAUCGUAUGCAAUCUAUGUUCUCAGCUGCCUGGCUAUUUGGCCAUCUCGGUGCUUCUUUUUACGCCAUGUUGAUGUAUCUGUUCCGUAAUCA